GAUGGAGGUGAAAAACAGGGAAGUAUUUAUGGAAAAUUUUGAAAAGAAGGUUGUCUUAUUGAAGAAACGAAGUGAAAAUUUGUUACAUCGAUUGUUACCUCCCACUAUUGCAUCCGAUCUCCGAUCAGAUAAGAAUGUAUUGGCAGAAAGCUAUCAAAGCGUUACAAUAUUCUUUUCGGAUAUUGUUGGGUUUACAAAGAUAAGUGCGUCCUCAACACCAAUGGAGGUUGUUAGCUUUCUUAACAAGUUGUAUACAGAAUUCGAUAGUCGUAUAGACUUAUACGACGUCUAUAAGUUGGAAACAAUAGGAGAUGCUUAUCAAAUAGUAUCAGGAGCACCUAGGACUAAUGGUAUAAGACAUGCAGCGGAAGUGGCGACACUCUCUCUCGAUUUGUUAAAUAUGACUGGAACGUUUAAAAUUCCUCAUAUGCCCGAUCAGAAAUUAAUGCUACGUAUUGGCCUACACUCUGGACCGUGUGUGGCGGCCGUUGUUGGUAUAAAGAUGCCGAGAUAUACAUUGUUUGGAGAAACGGUAACCAUAGCGUCAAGAAUGGAAUCGACCGGUCAGCCGCUAAGGAUACAUAUUUCGGAAGAGAAUAAGAAGUUAUUAGAGGAAUUGGGAAAGUAUGAAAUUGAAGAGAGAGGUCAAGUAGAGGUUAAAGAGAAUGUUUUUAUGAAAACCUAUUGGCUAACAGGAAAAGAUGGUUAUAAAUUUUCUGCCGAAUUAGACGUUUGCGUUUAUAUACCGAAGAAAGUGAAACUUGAUAGAGUUAUUGUUAAGAAACGCUCAAUUCCCAAAUAA